AUUGUGGACUGCUGCUUUUUGAGUGAAUGAUAAUGCUCAUUGCUCCCAAACCCAGAAAUGGAAAGUCAAUCACCAAACAUUAUCAUGAUUUUUAGCGUUUACAUAAUGCAUUGUUUUACGUGUUGAUUUCAUUGUUUAGAGCUGAUCAGUCAACAGCGCGCCGCCGUCAGUCCGAAUGUAUCUCAAUUAUGACAUCAUGAAAUCACAAUGACAUGACGCGUAUGUUUGUAAACGUAGUCAGUUUGACCAUUGCGUUUGACUGAGAUCAAUAUUUAGUUUACUCCGUUACCUUGCAGCAGUAAACACCAAACAUGAGCGAAAUAAAUCCAUUCAAUGAGCGAAAGAAAGAAAUGAAAAAGAGGUUGAGACUUAUCGAAAACAGGAACCAACCUCUCCCAUGUUUGAAAAAGACAGGGAGGCCCGAUGCCUACUCCCAGCAACACAAACUCCAGCCUGACUGCACACGCCUUGGGUCCAGCCGGGCCUACCCGCAGCAGCAGAACUGUGGCACGGGCAAAGGCACCCUGCCCAAGCUGGAUACUAAGCCCUUGGUUGUGAACAAUGCCAAGUACCAUCACCAGUCCGAAAGCAUCCUGCCCCACAUUACAAGCAAGGGCCCGCAGAACACCUGUGAUAUGCAUCUUUCAGGAACCAGGCACCAGGAAAGCUUCCAGGAUGAGAGAUCACGGAGCUCCACAGUGGAGAGUCUGCCAGAGUCCAUAAACAGGAAGAACAAUCAGGAACAGGAGAGAAAUAUUGAGGGACACAAUCUGCCCAUGUCUCCUGCAGAGGUCCUGAAGGCGUUCAAAGAUCGUAUGACUGUGUAUGAGCAAGAGGAGAUCAUGGACUAUUCCGAGGUCUGGUACCUGGGCCUGGACGCCAAGAAGAUGGAGGGCUCCCCCAGCCUGCCCCACAACUCUGGCUACGACGAUAAGAGAGGAAGCUAUCUGAAGGUCGCGCAUGACCACAUAGGCUUCCGGUUUGAGGUGCUGGAGGUCAUCGGGAAAGGAUCCUUCGGACAGGUCCUUAAGUGCCUGGAUCACAAGACCAAUGAACUUGUCGCCAUCAAGGUCAUUCGCAACAAGAAAAGGUUACACCACCAGGCCAUGGUGGAGUUGUAUAUCCUGGAUGUGUUGAGAAGGAAGGACAGAGACAACCAACACAACGUCAUUCACAUGAAGGAGCACUUCUACUUCCGCAACCAUCUCUGCAUCUCCUUCGAGCUCCUGGGAGUGAACCUGUACGAACUCAUCAAGAAGAACAACUUCCAGGGCUUCAGCCAGAUCCUGGUGCGUCGCUUCGCCUACUCCCUCCUCAAGUGCCUGCAGAUGCUGCACAAAGAGAAGAUCAUCCACUGUGACCUAAAACCGGAAAACAUUCUCCUGUCACACAAAGGCCAAGGCAACAUCAAGGUCAUUGACUUUGGAGCCAGCUGCUACGAGCAGCAGAGAGUUUACACCUACAUCCAGAGCCGCUUCUACCGCUCCCCAGAGGUGCUCCUGGGCCAUCCCUACAGCAUGGCCAUCGACAUGUGGAGCUUUGGCUGCAUCCUGGCUGAGCUCUACACUGGCUUCCCCCUCUUCCCGGGGGAAAGUGAGGUGGAGCAGAUUGCCUGCAUCAUGGAGGUGCUGGGAAUGCCUCCAAAUGAUUUCUUGUUGACAGCGACCAGGAAAAGGCAAUUUUUUAAUUCCAAGGGCAAUCCCAGGAACAUCACCAACAGCAAGGGUAGAAAGAGACGGCCAAACUCCAAGGAUCUGGCCAGUGUCCUGAAGACCAACGAUCCUCUCUUUCUGGACUUCAUCAAACGCUGUCUCACGUGGGACCCUAAGAAGCGCAUGACGCCCGACGAGGCCAUGCAGCAUGAGUGGAUCCAGGAGGCCCGCUCCAACAAGUUUCGGUCCAAGACCCGCACCAUGAGAAGACCCAGCGAGAGCCUCAGCAACAUAGAGAACAACAACAACAAGAUAGAGCAGCAUAUUCCCCACAAACCAGCCCUCAUCAACAGGAUAGUUGACAAGGCAUUCUCCAGCCCGUUCUCCAACGCUACAGACAGGCCCAAGAGAGAGAACUCUGUGAAGCUGGCGUCCACCGAGUGCUUGCGUCCGAUCGGGGCUUCGGCCAGGGGUCAGAUGGGCGAGGGCAGGACCAAGAGCACCAGGGCUGUUAGCAGCAGCAAGCAGGAGGUACCCAGGGAGAGAUCAGUCCACAUCGUCAUCAGGACCCCACUGGAACACACUGCAGACGCAGACAGGGACAGUCUGGAGCACCAGCAGGGCCUGUCCCCCAUCACAUGAAGGCCCCAGGGACAGAGGGCUUGGGGCUGGGAGGGGGUUGAGGGGCGGGGGGGAUGCAUAG